AUGGGCGACCCGGCCGCCGAGACCGUGCCGCUAUUGUCGCCGGAUGGCGAACCGGGGCAGGACCUUGAGGUGGCGGCGGUGGCAGCGUCCUCGGGCGGCGAUGCCGGCAAAAAGCGGCCACAACAGAGAAAACCGCUUCGACAGCAAAACGUCGUGGAAAGACCAGAUCGAGCGCUCCUGUGCUUGUCAUUGCAGAAUCGACUGCGGAAAGCAUGUAUAACGAUGGUCGAGUGGAAACCGUUCGAAUGGUUGAUUCUGUUGAUGAUUUGCGCGAAUUGUAUCGCGUUGGCCAUCGGACAGCCAUAUCCGGCACAGGAUUCUGAUGCGAAGAAUGCUCAGCUCGAACGAGUCGAAAACGUCUUUAUCGUCGUGUUUACGAUUGAAUGCAUCCUGAAGGUGAUCGCUUACGGGUUUUUGUUUCACCCCGGUGCAUAUUUACGGAAUGCCUGGAAUAUUCUCGACUUUAUCAUCGUCGUUAUCGGUAUCGUGUCGACACUGCUCUCUCGAAUGAACAUCCAAGGUUUUGAUGUGAAGGCGUUGAGAGCAUUCCGUGUGCUGCGACCUCUGCGACUCGUUUCCGGCGUUCCCAGUUUACAAGUCGUGUUGAACGCUAUUCUUCGAGCGAUGAUUCCGUUGUUACAUAUUGCGCUUCUCGUACUGUUCGUCAUCCUGAUCUAUGCCAUCAUUGGGUUGGAGCUGUUCUGCGGAAAGUUGCACUCUACCUGUAUGGACGUAGCGACGGGCCAACUAGCAAUGAAAGAGCCGACAACAUGCGGUGUCUCAUCAACAGCCUUCAAAUGUGAACCAACUGACAGUUUGCAGACCAUGGGUGUCAGAUGGGCGUGCACGAACGAGACAACGUGGCCUGGCCCCAACAAUGGCAUCACAAAUUUCGACAAUUUCGGGCUGGCCAUGUUGACUGUCUUUCAGUGUGUAUCGCUUGAGGGAUGGACUGAUGUCAUGUACUGGGUGAACGACGCGGUUGGCCGUGAAUGGCCAUGGAUCUAUUUCGUGUCGCUCGUCAUCCUCGGCUCAUUCUUCGUGCUCAAUCUUGUGUUGGGUGUGCUCUCCGGAGAAUUCUCUAAGGAGCGAGAAAAGGCUCGUGCUCGCGGUCUGUUCCAAAAAUUUCGCGAAAAGCAGCAGUUGGAGGAGGAUCUGAAGGGAUAUCUGGAUUGGAUCACACAGGCUGAGGAUAUCGAUCCAGUCAAUGAGCAAGAGGAGGAGGAGCAACAGCACAAUCCGGAAGAAGCAGAUGAGGAGGGCGAGGAACGACCGGAAGAAGUACGGCCCAGCUGGAUACGCACCAAGCUAAAACGAUUCGAAAAAUGGAAUCGCCGGUCUCGGAGGGCAUGCCGACGCCUCGUCAAAUCUCAGACAUUCUAUUGGCUGGUCAUUAUUCUCGUCUUUUUCAACACUCUCGUCCUCACUUCCGAACACUACAAACAACAGCCCUGGCUCGAUGACUUCCAGACAUGGGCGAACCUGUUCUUCGUGAUCCUGUUCUCGAUGGAAAUGUUGUUGAAGAUGUACUCGUUGGGGUUGACCAACUACACCACUUCCCAAUUCAACAGAUUCGACUGUUUUGUCGUUAUCAGCUCAAUCCUGGAGUUUGUGCUCGUCUACCUGGAGUUGAUGAAGCCGCUCGGGGUGUCUGUGCUUCGGUCAGCUCGUCUACUGCGUAUCUUCAAGGUUACAAAAUACUGGACAUCACUGCGUAACCUCGUCUCUUCCCUGCUCAAUUCCCUCCGGUCAAUCAUUUCACUUCUGCUGCUUCUCUUCCUCUUCAUCGUCAUUUUCGCGUUGCUCGGCAUGCAGGUGUUCGGCGGAAAGUUCAACUACAAUCCACAGCAGCCGAAACCACGCGCCAACUUCGACACGUUCAUUCAGUCGUUGUUGACUGUAUUCCAAAUUCUGACGGGUGAAGACUGGAAUACAGUAAUGUACAGUGGUAUCGAAUCAUUUGGUGGCGUUGGAACUCUGGGUGUCAUCGUCUCCAUUUACUUCAUUGUUCUGUUCAUCUGCGGUAAUUAUAUCCUGUUGAACGUGUUCUUGGCUAUCGCCGUCGAUAAUCUGGCCGAUGCCGACAGUUUGACGAAUGCCGAAAAGGAGGAGGAACAAGGAGAGAUGGAGCUCGAAGAGGGCGAAGAAAUGGACGAGGAAAAGCUGGAACUCGAGGAAGGGUUCGAUGAGGACGAGGUGGAGGGGGAGGACGGAGAUCUGGCAAAUACGGCGCGACCAAGGAGGAUGAGCGAACUGCCACAAGUCGCCAAGCAGAAGCCGAUUCCAAAGGCCUCUUCUCUCUUCAUCCUCUCACACACGAAUGCUUUCCGGGUGUUCUGCAAUCGAAUCGUGAACCACGUGUAUUUCACGAAUUCUGUGUUGGUGUGUAUUCUGGUGUCAUCGGCUAUGUUGGCUGCUGAAGAUCCCUUGGAAGCCGAUUCUGCCAGGAAUAGGAUCCUGAACCGUUUCGACUUCUUCUUCACGACAGUAUUCACGGUGGAGAUCAGUCUGAAGGUGGUGGUGUUCGGGUUCGUGCUCCACAAGGGAUCAUUCUGCCGGAACGCCUUCAAUCUCCUCGAUAUCCUCGUCGUAGCCGUCUCGAUCAUCUCCUUCACCCUCAAGAAUGACUACAUAUCCGUCGUCAAGAUUCUUAGGGUGCUGCGUGUGUUGCGCCCGCUGCGUGCCAUCAAUCGAGCCAAGGGGUUGAAGCACGUCGUCCAGUGCGUCAUCGUCGCUGUCAAAACUAUCGGAAACAUCAUGUUGGUGACGUUCAUGCUGCAGUUCAUGUUCGCCAUCAUCGGUGUGCAGCUGUUCAAGGGGACAUUCUUCUCUUGUAACGACCUGUCGAAGAUGACCGAAGCUGAAUGCCGUGGUGAAUAUCUGCACUACGAAGACGGAGACCCGACUCGGCCAAUCGCGAAGAAGAGGGUCUGGGUGAAUAAUGACUUCAAUUUCGACAACGUCAUGGAGGCCAUGAUAUCACUCUUUGUUGUUUCGACAUUCGAGGGAUGGCCAGAUCUACUGUACGUGGCGAUCAACUCGAACGAAGAGGACAUGGGCCCCAUCCACAAUUCCCGGCAGGCUGUCGCCCUCUUCUUCAUCGCAUUCAUCAUUGUAAUCGCAUUCUUCAUGAUGAACAUCUUCGUCGGUUUCGUCAUCGUCACCUUCCAAAAUGAGGGAGAGCGUGAAUACGAGAAUUGCGAGUUGGACAAGAAUCAGCGCAAAUGCAUUGAAUUUGCGUUGAAAGCGCGGCCACAUCGACGGUAUAUCCCGAGGAAUCGAUUCCAGUAUCGAGUAUGGUGGUUCGUCACCUCAAGAUGGUUCGAGUACGGUAUCUUCCUGAUCAUCGUGUUGAAUACAGUCUCGUUGGCCUGUAAACACUAUCCAUCUGGGCCAACAUUCGAAAGUAUCCUCGAUACACUCAAUCUCAUCUUCACUUCCGUAUUCGCCAUCGAGGCUUUUCUCAAGAUCAUUGCCCUGAACUUCCGGAAUUACUUUGGCGACAAGUGGAACGUGUUCGAUUUCGUGAUUGUGCUCGGUUCAUUCAUCGAUAUUUCCUAUGGAAAACUGAGUGGAGGCAGCGGAUCGGUGAUUUCCAUCAAUUUCUUCCGUCUUUUCCGUGUGAUGCGACUCGUCAAAUUGUUGUCACGAGGAGAAGGCAUCCGAACGUUGCUCUGGACGUUUAUGAAAUCCUUCCAGGCCCUACCAUACGUCGCGCUCCUGAUCGUGCUCCUAUUCUUCAUCUAUGCUGUAAUUGGCAUGCAAGUAUUCGGUAAAGUAGCCCUCGAUGACAAUACGGCAAUACAUCGAAACAACAAUUUCCACUCGUUCUUCGCCGCCGUUCUCGUCUUGUUCAGAUCAGCGACAGGAGAAGCGUGGCAGGAGAUCAUGUUGUCGUGCUCAAAUCGCGAGGAGGUGAAAUGCGACAAAGAAUCGGACGACUACCGUAAUAACCAGCAGGCGACUUGCGGGAUGAAUGUGGCAUAUCCAUAUUUCAUCUCAUUCUUCAUGAUCUGUUCAUUUCUCGUCAUCAAUCUCUUCGUGGCUGUCAUCAUGGAUAAUUUCGAUUAUCUGACGCGAGAUUGGUCUAUUCUUGGCCCUCACCAUUUGGAGGAAUUUGUUCGACUGUGGAGUGAAUAUGAUCCCGAUGCAAAGGGAAGAAUCAAACAUUUGGAUGUGGUCACUCUACUCAGAAAGAUAUCCCCUCCGCUUGGCUUCGGAAAGUUGUGCCCACAUCGGCUCGCCUGCAAGCGGCUCGUCUCGAUGAAUAUGCCGUUGAAUUCGGAUGGUACCGUCUGUUUCAACGCAACAUUAUUCGCCCUCGUCAGAACCAAUCUGAAGAUAUACACCGAGGGCAAUAUCGACGAUGCGAACGAAUUGCUUCGGGCGGCAAUACGGCGAAUAUGGAAACGGACGCCAAUGAAGAUGCUCGACGAGGUCGUGCCGCCGGCCGGAAAAGAGGACGACGUGACCGUGGGCAAAUUCUACGCGACAUUCCUCAUCCAAGACUACUUCCGCCGCUUCAAAAAGAGGAAAGAGCUCGAGGCGAAGGGAAUUGUCGGUCCUGGAGGGAAUACACCACAGGCCAUGGCCCUACAGGCUGGCCUCCGGACGUUGCACGAGAUUGGUCCCGAGCUGAAGAGGGCCAUUUCCGGAAAUCUAGAGACCGAUUUCAACUUUGAAUCCGAGGAACCUGUCCACAGGCGUGCCCACUCCCUGUUCAACAAUUUCGUCUCGGCCAUCGCCGGCAAGGGAGACGGAUCACAAGGAGGAGGACCGGGUGGAUUGCCAUCCGACAGGACGACAGGUGGACGUCGUCUGCCCGUUCUGCCAGCCUACGUCAACCAUAUCCACGAUGAGACAACGGGAAUGAUGAGGGAUACAGGGCAGAGGGGAGGACUCGACCAAGAACAGCAACGGUUCAUCGUCGCCAAUAGGAACAUUCCAUCAGACACAGAAGACGAUGAUGAAUGGGCACGGCGACAACAACAACAUCAGCAGAGAGUCAUCUCUAAUCAUGGACAUCGGGUGUUGCCCCCGCUCAGAGGUCCAAUGCUGAUUGCUCGUAAUCAAGCUUUGGCAAUGGCCGGCAUGUCUUCUGAAGCAUAUGAAGGGACCUAUCGACCCGUGCCAGACGGGCGAUCGGUGCGUCUUCCAUUCAGCACGAGACCCGUGUUGAUGCCAUUGAACAGCCAUCCAUCAUCUGCUGAUCGUCUUGUUGGUCAGGCUCUCGGUCUUGGCCGAUAUAUGGAUCAACGGGUUGUUGGGGCGGCGAGGAGAGAGCUAGAAGAGGUGUUCGGUGUCGAGGGCCAAGAGCUUGAUGCCGUCGCCGAGGCGUUGUCUACAAACUACAUGGAACAUGUGGGGAUGAAUGAGAUGCGGGAUAUGAAUCAAUACUCUCGAUCUUCUCUUCUUCGGCCAUCAUCACCCGGGGAUCACGAUGAUGAUGAUGAGAGGGAUGGACAGGAUGAUGCCCUCCUUGUCACAACCCUC